AAGUCGGCGAAGACCAGGCUCGCUGCUGGCGGGGAGAGCCCUUCUCUUCUGCGGUUCGAAACACACAUGGGAUUGGGUCCGCGGUUCCCUCACAUGGCAGGGCGCCAGUUCCCAGCUGGCGGCAAACGUGGGCGCGGGGGCAGAGGGUCGGGGCGUCCCCCACCAGGUCGCGAACGGCAUCCCCAGCCGCCUGCGGGCCGGCACUCAGAGCCCGCUCUAGAUGCCCUCCCGCAGCUGAGCCCCGAAGCUCUGGGGUAUUUCCGGCGGGCGCUGUCAACUCUGAAAGAGGCUCCCGAGGCCGGGGAAGAACGAGAGCUGAUGGUGCACAAUAUUUUGAAGGAAGUGGAGACUCAGGCCCUAGCCUUGGCCACAAACAGAACUGGCAGUGAGAUGCUGCAGGAACUUUUGGGGUUCAGUCCUUUGAAACCGUUGUGUCGAGUAUGGGCAGCUCUGCGCUCCAACUUGCGCUUUGUGGCCUGUCAUCGGUGCGGGGUCCAUGUACUGCAAAGUGCUUUGCUGCAGCUGCCUCGAUUGCUGGGGAGUCCUGCAGAGGAGGAGGAGGAGGAGGAGGAGGAGGAGAAGGAUGGUCCCUUGGAGACCCUGGAGGAACUGGUUCUGGGACUAGCUUCAGAGGUGUGUGGUGAUUUUCUUUUCUACUGUGGAGACACACAUGGCAGCUUCGUGGUCAGGACACUGCUGCAGGUGUUGGGAGGGACACUCCUGGAGUCUGAGAGAGUCAGGCCCCGUGGCUCCCAAUCAUCUGAAGUACAGAGGGCCUCAGCUCAAGAAUGUAAGCCUACUGAUUUUGAAGUUCCUGACACAUUCUUGAAUCACCUUCAGGACCUGAGCUCCUGCUUUCUCAAGGACAUUGCUGUGUUUAUCACUGACAAGAUCUCCAGCUUCUGCCUUCAAGUGGCCUUACAGAUCUUACACCGUAAACUGCCUCAGUUCUGUGCCCAUCUUUGCAAUACUGUGAUUGGCUACCUGAGUACUUGCAAUUCCUCAGCAGAUGGCAGCCCCCUACUACUAUUUUUGCGGGAUCAGACAAGCUCCAGACUCUUGGAGCAAGUACUGCUGGUGUUGGAGGCCCCCAGGCUCCAGAGCCUCUUUGAGGAUCACUUCCAGGGUCAGCUGCAGACCUUGGCUGCACAUCCCAUUGCAAACUUCCCUUUGCAACGCUUGUUGGAUGCAAUCACUACCCCUCAGCUGCUGUCCUCCGUGUUUGAGGAGCUGAGCCCUGUCCUAGAAGCUGUACUGGCUCAGGGCCACCCAGGUGUAGUUAUUGCCCUUGUGGGGGCCUGCCGCAGAGUUGGGACUCACCAAGCCCAGGUCUUGCAGCUGUUGUUGGAGGCAUUCCACUGUGCAGAGCCCUCAUCCCGGCAAGUGGCCUGUGUUCCUCUUUUUGCCACUUUGACAGCUUAUGAGGUGUACUAUGAACUAAUUGAGGAGGAGGAGGCAGUACCUGCAGAGCACCAGGUGGAAAUGGCCACAGCCAGGGCCUUGGGAAAAGUGACAGUACUUGGGUCUCUUCUGCUCCAGCAUCUGCUGCACUUCUCCACCCCUGGUCUUGUACUUGGAAGUCUGGGUGCCUUGACAGGGCCACAGCUUCUGGCUCUGGCCCAAAGCCCUGCUGGUUCCCAUGUGCUUGAUGCCAUUCUGACCAGCCCCUCUGUGACACGCAAGCAGCGCCGCCGUGUGCUGCAGACCCUAAAGGGACAAUAUGUGGCUCUGGCCUGUAGCCGUCAUGGCAGCCGUGUGCUAGAUGCUAUCUGGAGUGGAGCAGCCUUGGGGGCCCGGAAGGAAAUUGCUACUGAGUUGGGGGAACAGAACCAGGAGCUGAUAAGAGACCCUUUUGGCCACCAUGUGGCUCGAAAUGUGGCCCUGACUACCUUUCUGAAGCGACGAGAAGCUUGGGAACAGCAGCAGAGUGCAGUGGCCAAGCGGAGGCGGGCAUUGAACUCAAUUCUUGAAGACUGAGGCCUUGGGAUCUGGGACUGGAUGUUGAAGAAAAGGGCAAAAGAGAGUACUUGUUCAAUUCCUUCCUGGUUUAAGUUGGAGUCAAAGGUCUUAUUGGAGCUGGGCAUGGUGGUGCAUGUCUGUGAUCCUAGCACUUGGGAGGCUGAGGCAGGAGGAUCGUGAGUUUGAGGCCAGCCUGGGCCUUAAACCU